AUGGAAGCUGUGAAGGUUCCUGAAGAAGCUCGCCUGCGCAUCGUGGUCGUAGGUGCCGGCCUCAGCGGGAUUGCUGCCGCCAUCUCAGCCGCGCUGUCAGGGCAUUCUGUCGAUGUGAUCGAGCAAGCCAAAGAGUUGGCGGAGGUUGGUGCGGGACUGCAAAUUACACCGAACGCGUCUCGUCUUCUUAAAUAUUGGAAACUCCCGGAUUCCGUGUGGGAGUCAGCUGCGGAACCGACGAAGGUCACGGUGCAUCGCUAUUCGGGCGAGAUCCUGGCGCACGAGAGUUCAUUUGACAAGAAUAUUCGGGCAAAGUACAAUGCGCCGUUCGUGGAUCUGCAUCGCGUUGACUUACAACAAGCGCUGUUUGCGCGAGCACAGGAUCUGGGGGUCACAUUUCAUCUCAAUGAGAAGGUUGAGAAGCUUGACUUUGACAAGGUAACUGUGUCCACCGCGACUGGAAACCAGUACACCGGAGACCUCAUCAUCGCAGCUGAUGGGCUAUGGUCUCGGUGCCGCGAGGCAUUUAUCGGCCACAAAGACGAGCCAAUUCCAACGGGGGAUCUCGCGUACCGGAUUGUGCUCACAGCGGACCAAAUCUCAGAUCCAGAGCUGAAAUCGCUGGUCGAGAAUCCCGAGGUGCAUUUCUGGGCUGGGCCUGGAGCGCAUGCUGUGGCUUAUUCUAUUCGUGGAGGCCAAAUGUUUAACAUCGUACUCUUGGUCCCAGAUAAUCUUCCCCCUGGUGUGUCAAGGCAGGCUGGUUCCGUGGAUGAAAUGCGAGAGCUUUUUGUUGGUUGGGACCCAAUCCUUAUUCGCUUCUUGAGCUAUGUCAAUAGCGUCGAUAAGUGGAAGCUAAUGCACCACGCUGAAAUGGAGAAGUGGGUGAACGAUGCCUCAAAUUUGGUUUUCAUCGGAGACUCCUGCCAUCCCAUGCUCCCAUAUCUUGCCCAGGGCGCGAACUCCUCGCUGGAGGACGGUGCUGUUCUCGGUCUUCUACUAGGACAUAUGACAGACAAGUCGCAACUUCCUCGUAUCCUGCGUCUGUACGAAAGCCUGCGCAAGUCAAGAGGCGAAGCAAUUGUCCGGGAGACGUUCAAGCAGAGACAUGACUUCCACAUGCCAAAUGGUGAAGAGCAGGAGAAGCGGGACCAAAUCUUCCUUUCCCAGUUGGGGAAGGAGAUCAACGGAGCAUUCCCUAGUCGGUGGACAUGUCCAGAGGUGCAGCCCUGGUUGUAUGGGUACGACGCGAUCAAAGAGGUGGAGACCGCGGUUACACGGAACAAGGAGUUGUUUUCUACGAAGCCUCGACGACAGAACUGCUGCCAAAUUCUUUAG